AUAGGAAGAAUUCUUAUAAGAAUUCAUAAACGGGACUCCUUGUAAACAACCAGUCAGCUGUUGAAUUCUACUCUAAAAAUAUGUUCAUUUAGCUUAAUUUAAAAAAUAAUGAACAAGAUUUAAAAUGGAUAUCGAAUCACCGACAAAGGUGAAACAAGAACCAAUGGAUCUGGAACAAGCAAUUCCUCGUUUCUGCGUUGCUUCCGGUUCUGGGGCAGAUGAAAUUCCGACGCGUGUGGAAACCAUAGAUCUGACCAAAGAAGAAUUUCUCACGGAAUUCAUGAACUUUGUGGAAGCCAUUCAAGUUCACCGCAAAACUCGAACGUCCUUACGGAGCAUCUGCCGACAACGAGCUCAGAAGGUCGAAGAAUUCCUUCCGCUGCAAGUGGUGCAUAUUCAGCUUAUCACCUUCUACCAGGAGGCCUACGUUUGUAGCUUGUUCGGUUUGGACUUCAAGAAAAUCAUGAUUUAUGGCCGAGUGAUACCUGGUACAGUCAGGCAGGAAAAUAAUACUCACAUCUAUCGAUUGGAUGAUGGAACUGGUUCGGUUGAGGUUCACUAUCCACAUGGAUUGAAACGUGAUUUAGAUAAUAUGGCCGCAGUCAAUAGCUGCGAAAACAUUUUAAACAGCCGAACAGCGCUCAAUGAAGAUCAGGUCCCGGACGAUCCCGAGCAACUUGCGGAUCUUAAACAGUUGCUUAGUCUCAUAAAAACCCGUUGUAAGAAACAGGUUGAAUACUUUCCGCUGGGGAGCCACUGUUUCAUUAUAGGCCGGCCCUUUCUCAAUCGCACAGACCGGGUGUCCAUCUUUGCCUACAGUAUGCACGCCGAUGAUUCGACCAUCGGUGGCCCUACGACGGAACUUUUCUGGAAAACACAUCUGGCACAGUGCUACGAAAGACGGUACAUGUCGGAAGUUUCGAAAUAAAAAUAUGUUUCUGUUUUUAAGUUUGUUCCAAAUCGGUUGAGUUUAUUUCGUCUUGAUGACGCAAAAUAAUCCAAUAGCAACUUAAAGAGCUGGUAUUAGUAAG